ACCUGGCUCGGGAACCAGUAUCACACACAAUUCAAACGUUCGAUCGAACACAUCACAAGCUGUGUAUUACAGUAUUCUAACCAACCAAUCAAACCAAAUCCAGCAACCAUGAAGGUCGCCGUUGUUGCCGUUGUUCUUGCUCUCGCCGUCGUGUCGGAGGCUGGUGUGCUGCCAUGGGGCUGGCCAUACGCUGGUCUUCCUGCGGCUGUCCCGGUAGCUUCGUGGCCACCGGCAGCGAUCCAUGCCGCCUACCCAGCGUACGCUCCACAUGCCGCCAUCUUGGCUGCUCCACAUGCCGCCAUCCUGGCCGCUCCUCAUGCUCCGCUGGCUUCGGUUGCCCAUCAUGGUGGUGUUGUCCCUGGAGCUACCUCCGUCACCGCUACCCGUGGUGCCGUCCAUGUUGCUCCUCUGCCCGGACAUGCCGUCUCGCAGCAGCAGCUGAACCUGGCACCGGCACCGGGAACCAUCUAAGUCGAAAGGUACCAAUAUCAACCGGAACACAUCAUCCCAUCUGUGCGCCCGUCGUGCAAUACGCUGAACAAGUGAUAACAUACUCAUUAGCUGCUAAGUAGUUCGUUCGUUUGCGAUCUGUUCACGUUUCUAUUGAUUCCUGCAAAUGUUUGAAUAAAUGCAAGAAUGCAAAGCAUUUUACGAAAAAGAA